CUCUUCUAGGGGCGAUGUUAAAAUGGCGCUCUACACUGCUGAUUGGAGUCCGCUAGGCAGAGACGUUUAUUACAGAAAAUUUGAAUUGUAUUCAAUGAAAUGGCAAGAACAGGGACUGAACCUGUCCGAGUUUAUUGUGGCCGCAGCUCCUUAUGGUGGCCCCAUAGCUAUCAUACGGGAUGAAAAGAAGAUCAUGAAAAUCAAACUCAGCAGUGUCUGUCUUAUACACCUGUUCUCAGCAAGUGGUCAGACUUUGGGAAAUAUCAGGCAUGACAGCGGCAUCAUUGUGGCUAUGGGUUGGUCUAAUACGGAAAGUCUGGUGUGCGUCCAAAAAGACGGUGUCAUCAUUGAGUACAACUUGCUGGGAAAAAUCCUGGAGACCUUCACAAUGGGCCAGGUUCCAAAGGACACCAACGUGCUGGACUGCAAGAUUUUCACUACAUCUCAGAGAACCGGCGUUGGAGUUCUCACUGGCUCGUACAGCUUCUUUCUGGUGGAGAGCAUUUCUAGCCACAAAACAUGGCAACUUCCUGAAGUACCAGGAAUGGUGGCACCACCCAGUAGCUGGACUAUCAUCGCAGACGAACAGGGCACAAGAGUCGUCGUUGCCAAAGACGACAAGAUUUUUGUCCUCGACCCUAGGGGCAGUGCAAGGUGCAUCGAGGAGACACCACCAAUUACGACAAUGUUCAAGGCAGUGACAGAAAUGGCUGUAUCAUUUGACUACCGCAACAUCGCCCUCUUUCUGGAUGAUGGACACCUGUGGAUUGGAACCAGUGACUUGAGGAGCACACUUUGUGAACUUGACACAAAGGAGAAGUCACGUCCAAAACAGCUUCUCUGGUGUGGCCAGAAAGCUGUCGUGGGCCACUGGGGCAAGAUUCUCCUUGUCUUGGGCUUUGAGAGGGACUUCAUCAAUUAUCCCGUUGAUGUGCCUAUUCACCUGGUUCAAGAAGUGGAUGGUGUUCGUCUGAUUGGCAACACUAUUCAUGAGUUGCUGCAGAAAGUGCCAAAUGUUGUUAAAGAUGUCUUCAGGAUUGGAUCUAUGGACCCUGGGGCUUUACUUCUGGCAGCAUCGGUUGAAUUUGAGAAAAAGAGUUACAAAGCAGACGAGUACCUGAGAUCCAUCAUCGAGGAAAAUAAUCUGGAGCUUGCCAUACAGCAGUGCAUCGAUGCUGCUGCCCACGAAUAUCAGUCUGCGACCCAGAAGAAGCUACUCAGGGCGGCGUGCUUUGGCAAGUCCUUCAUCCCCAGCAUGAACCCGGAUGGCUUUGUGAAUGCAUGCCGGACGUUACGGGUUCUGAAUGCGGUCAGAGAGCAUACCGUCGGCCUGCCCCUCACCUAUGUGCAGUUGCAGUGCUUGACGAUGGAAGUCCUUUUGGACCGGCUGAUCCUCAGACAACACUACUACCUUGCCCUGAAGAUAGCCAAAUUCCUGCGCAUCCCUGACACUGAAGGCACGAGCCGCAUCUUGGCGCAUUGGGCCUGCUAUAAGGUGGCACAAAUGCACGUUCCCACGGACGAAGUAGCAAGAGCCAUCUCGCAGAAGCUGGAGUCAUCGCCUGGGAUACUCUACUCUGAAAUUGCGAGAAAGGCGGUGCAGUGUGGUCGCAGGGACCUUGCCGUGAAGCUUCUGGACUGUGAGCCAAGAGCCUCAGAGCAAGUGCCUAUACUGAUUGAGCUGGGUAAAGAGGAACAUGCACUUGUGAAGGCCAUUGACAGUGGAGACACCGACCUGAUCUACACGGUCAUGUUGAAACUCAAAGAAAUGAAGUCUUCGGACUUCGACCUGACAAUCCGUCAGUACCCCGUAGCCCUGGCCCUGUAUCUAAAGUUGUGCAAGGAGUGGGACCUGCAAAAAUUGGAAGCACUGUACGAUGUGGGAGACAACUUCACGGGAGUUGCAGAGUGCAAGAUCAUGGAGAGCUACAGGACUCCGCGUGUUGAGCAACGUCUGGCCUUAUUACAAGCUGCGGCAACGAAGUACAGGCAAGCGAAAAAUGACUUCUGUGCAACGCAAACAGAGGACCAACUGCGCCUGAUGAAACACCAGCUGAAGUAUGAAGGCAGAUUCAAUGACAAAUUCGACGGCCUGUCUGUCCAGCAGACAAUGCGGCGCCUUAUGGAGAUCAAGGAGAUGAAACUGGCUGAAGAUCUUUGCAAGGAGUUCAAGGUCCCUGAGAAACGGUUCUGGUGGCUCAAGUUGUCAGUGCUUGCAGAAGGAAACCAGUGGAUAGAGUUGGAGAAAUUUUCAAAGUCGAAGAAGUCACCUAUAGGAUACGAACCCUUUAUUGACAUCUGCCUAAAAUAUGAUAACAAGUAUGAAGCGAUGAAGUACCUUGCCAAAGCAAAAGAAGAGAACAAAGUCAAGUACUUUGUGAAGCUUGGUAACUUGGAUGAAGCGGCCAAGUUUGCCUUUGAGCAAAAAGACGAGAAUGCACUCAACUUUAUCCUGAGCAAGUGCACCGCAGCCAACCGAGCAAUCAGCGAGAAGAUUUCCACCAUGAAGCAGCAGCUUGGUGGCAAAAGAUGAAGGCAUACAUAAAAGGUUGACUUAGCCAUUGUUGUAAAUAGUCUUUGUAUACUGUUAACAAUUAUUUUUUUUAAUUUACUGUUCAAUAAUAAAUGCGAAAAAAUGUAUACAAGGCCUUUGCAUACUUUGUUUGAAGCAAUAAAAGUAUGGCAAAUUUGUUUGAA